GCUAGAUACCCGCAAGCUCUUAGCAGAAUUAUGAGCCGUUUAAGAACUUGCUGACAAAGCUCCCAGCCUGUUAGCUGAUGCUCCGUCGGUGGGACUGCUGAAUCCCAAAAGCCAGCAGGUCCACAGACCAGCAUGGCUGCCACUGCCGCUGUCAGUCCCAGUGACUACCUGCAGCCCGCCGCCUCCACCACCCAGGAUUCCCAGCCAUCUCCUCUAGCCCUGCUUGCUGCAACAUGUAGCAAAAUUGGCCCUCCAGCUGUUGAAGCUGCGGUGACGCCUCCUGCUCCCCCCCAGCCCACGCCACGGAAACUCGUCCCCAUCAAACCUGCCCCUCUCCCCCUCAGUCCUGGCAAGAAUAGCUUUGGAAUCUUGUCCUCCAAAGGAAACAUCCUUCAGAUUCAGGGGUCACAACUGAGUGCGUCCUAUCCUGGGGGGCAGCUGGUGUUCGCCAUCCAGAACCCCACUGUGAUCAACAAAGGGACCCGGUCAAAUGCCAAUAUCCAAUACCAGGCGGUCCCUCAGAUCCAGGCGAGCAAUUCCCAGACCAUCCAGGUACAGCCCAGUCUCGCCAACCAGAUCCAGAUCAUCCCCGGCACCAGCCAAGCCAUCAUCACCCCCUCACCGUCCAGUCACAAGCCUGUCCCCAUCAAGCCAGCCCCCGUCCAGAAGUCAAGUACGACUACCACUCCUGUGCAGAGCGGCGCCAGUGUGGUGAAGCUGACAGGUGGGGGCGGCAAUGUGACGCUCACGCUGCCCGUCAACAACCUCGUGAACACCAGUGACUCCGGGGCCACCGCUCAGCUCCUCACGGAGAGCCCCCCCACACCACUGUCUAAGACUAACAAGAAAGCCCGGAAGAAGAGUCUGCCUGCCUCCCAGCCCCCCGUCGCUGUGGCUGAGCAGGUGGAGACGGUGCUGAUCGAGACCACUGCGGACAACAUCAUCCAGGCAGGAAACAACCUGCUCAUUGUUCAGAGCCCUGGUGGGGGCCAGCCAGCCGUGGUCCAGCAGGUCCAGGUGGUGCCCCCCAAGGCCGAGCAGCAGCAGGUGGUGCAGAUCCCCCAGCAGGCCCUGCGGGUGGUGCAGGCGGCAUCUGCCACCCUCCCCACAGUCCCCCAGAAGCCCUCCCAGAACUUUCAGAUCCAGGCGGCUGAGCCGACGCCUACUCAGGUCUACAUCCGUACGCCUUCCGGUGAGGUGCAGACGGUCCUCGUCCAGGACAGCCCCCCAACAACAGCUGCAGCCACCUCUACCACCACCUGUAGCAGCCCUGCGUCCCGUGCUCCCCAUCUGAGUGGGACCAGCAAAAAGCACUCGGCCGCAAUUCUCCGGAAAGAGCGCCCCCUGCCAAAGAUCGCCCCCGCUGGGAGCAUCAUCAGCCUGAACGCAGCCCAGCUGGCAGCAGCGGCCCAGGCCAUGCAGACCAUCAACAUCAACGGUGUCCAGGUCCAGGGCGUGCCUGUCACCAUCACCAACACCGGAGGGCAGCAGCAGCUGACGGUGCAGAACGUCUCUGGGAACAACCUGACCAUCAGCGGGCUGAGCCCCACGCAGAUCCAGCUACAGAUGGAGCAGGCGCUGGCCGGAGAGGCCCAGCCCGGGGAGAAGCGGCGCCGCAUGGCCUGCACGUGUCCCAACUGCAAGGAUGGGGACAAGAGGUCUGGAGAGCAGGGCAAGAAGAAGCACGUGUGCCACAUCCCCGACUGUGGCAAGACCUUCCGCAAGACGUCCUUGCUGCGGGCUCACGUGCGCCUGCACACCGGCGAGCGGCCCUUUGUCUGCAACUGGUUCUUCUGUGGAAAGAGGUUCACACGGAGCGAUGAGCUCCAGCGGCACGCCCGCACCCACACAGGGGACAAACGCUUCGAGUGUGCCCAGUGUCAGAAGCGCUUCAUGAGGAGCGACCAUCUCACCAAGCAUUACAAGACCCACCUGGUCACGAAGAACUUGUAAGGCCAACUGAGGCGGGAGGCCCUGAAGAUACAGUCCCCCGUCUGUGUCCUGCCUGGGCCCCUGGUGGAAAGGAGGCUCCGGGUGCCCUGGGCCACCCUCAGCCCCUCCCUUCUGUUCUGCGACCGGUCCCAUAGGAAGGGGCUCCGUCGCCCAGUGCUCACCUCCUUCUGAAGCCCCUUGGCUCUGCCCUGGCCCUUCUCUCUCACCUCGAGCUCCGGCCUGCCCAGACUGUGGACAGUGGCCGUGCCCAAUGAGACGUUCUAAACCAGGACGAAUGGGAACCCUUAUUUCCAAAGGAAAAACAUGAAUUUCACUCCGUCGAGGAGCAAAGUGAGCCCCCCCCCCCCCCCCGGACCCCGUCCUCUCCCCCCCAACACUGCCGGAGUCGCAUUGUGCCAUGCCCCUCUCUCUCCCUUCCCCGGCCCCGCCAGCCACCCAGGACGCCCCGGGACCCUGUCCCCAGGGCACGGCCGGCAUCCACCUCCCGGGAGGCUCACGGGGCUGCCUCACGCCACAUGCCACAUGCCCAGCCCUGCCACCGCCCUCCUCCAGCACAUUCCAACUUUCUAUUUAAAAAGUCGAGCUAUCCACUGAUGCCCUCUUUUUCUAUGGAGAACGUUGCCUUAUACUCUACUUCAGAUGAUGAACACUGUGUAUUGUGUGUGCUUUAAAGUUUUAUUUAAUUGCUCCCUUCUUCCUGUCCUCGUUACUUGCCUCCCCCACGCCUGCUUCAGUUGAGGGUUUGGGGGGCCAUGAGGAGCGUCGGGGUUUUUUCUCUCUCUAGCAGUUUUCUUUUCUAAAGGACACAGCAUUUCAACUCAAAUCUGGAUUCAGAUGAAAACACCUCCACCUCCUGAUCCUCUGCCCUCAACCCGCCCUGACCGGCCCCAGCCCUACUUGUGUAUAGUGUAUAUUGUAUAAUAGACAAUUGUGUCUACUACAUGUUUAAAAACAUAUUGCUUGUUAUUUUUGAGGCUUUUAAAUUAAACAAAAAUCCAACUUUAUUUUUAGUUGUAACUGCUUGAGGUAUGUUUUAUGAAUUAAGUGACAGAUUUGUUAUCCUUUAUUAACGAUGUACUUUGUUGGUCAGCACUGGGCUGACAAAAAUUUUUUCUUGCUAAUAAAUUUAGUUGCCUGAGGCAAAAUCUGCAA